UCCCAGCACCCGAAGCCACUGUGGUCAUGGUGAAUGAAGGUAUCAACCACCGGGAGGACGAUGGCACCCCGUCCCAGGAGUCCAUCCUCCGGCCACACAUCAGCGUCUCCGACCAGCCCAGCGUCUCCAUAGACCCCAGCGUCUCCGACCACCCCAGCGUCUCCAUCAACCCCAGCGUCUCCAUCUAUCCCAGCGUCUCUGAGCAACCCGGCGGCUCGGCACACCCCAGUACCUUGGCGCAGCCUGCCGGCCUGGACCCCACCACCGGUGGCCCAGACAACCUGGGCGUCAUCAAGGUGACCAGACGCCGCUGGGCGGUGGUCCUGGUGUUCAGCUGUUACUCCUUGUGCAACGCCUUCCAGUGGAUCCAGUACAGCUCCAUCAGCAACAUCUUCAUGCACUUCUACGGCGUCAGCGCCUUAGCCAUCGACUGGCUGUCCAUGUGUUACAUGCUGACCUACAUCCCUCUCCUCCUGCCCGUGGCCUGGCUGCUGGAGAAAUUCGGUCUGCGCACCAUCGCGCUCACCGGCUCCGCGCUCAACUGCCUGGGGGCCUGGGUGAAGCUGGGCAGCCUCAAGCCCCAUCUCUUCCCCGUCACCGUGCUGGGCCAGGUUAUCUGCUCCGUGGCGCAGGUCUUCAUCCUGGGCAUGCCCUCCCGCCUGGCUUCCGUCUGGUUCGGGGCCAAUGAGGUCUCCACCGCCUGCUCCGUGGCUGUCUUUGGCAAUCAGCUUGGAAUUGCGAUUGGAUUUUUGGUCCCUCCUGUUCUGGUGCCCAAUAUCAAUGACCAAGAACAACUUGCCUACCAUAUCAGCAUCAUGUUCUACAUAAUAGGAGGUGUAGCCACUCUGCUUUUCAUCCUUGUCAUCAUUGUAUUCAAGGAGAAGCCAAAACAUCCUCCCAGCAGGGCCCAGUCCAUGAGCUAUGCCCUGGCAAGCCCUGAUGCUUCAUACCUACAUGCCAUCAUGCGACUCUUCAAAAACCUCAACUUCGUGCUGCUGGUCAUCACAUAUGGUCUGAAUGCUGGUGUGUUUUAUGCCUUAUCCACCCUGCUGAACCGCGUGGUCGUCAUGCACUUCCCGGGGGAAGAAGUAAAUGCUGGAAGAAUCGGCCUGACCAUCAUCAUUGCAGGCAUGUUUGGUGCCAUGAUUGCGGGGCUAUGGCUAGACAAGUCCAAAACCUACAAGGAGACCACCCUGGCGGUGUAUAUCAUGACUGUGUUGGGCAUGGUGGUGUACACCUUGACCUUGGACCUAGGGCACCUGUGGGUCGUGUUUGUUACCGCAGGCACCAUGGGCUUCUUUAUGACGGGCUAUCUCCCGCUGGGAUUUGAGUUUGCUGUGGAGCUGACCUACCCGGAAUCCGAAGGCAUGUCCUCAGGCCUCCUCAACGUGUCUGCCCAGGUAUUUGGGAUCAUCUUCACCAUCUCCCAGGGCCAAAUCAUUGAUAAAUAUGGGACCUUGCAUGGAAACAUCUUUCUGUGCGUGUUCCUCACCUUGGGAGCAUUCCUCACAGUUUUUAUUAGGGCAGAUCUUCGGAGGCAGAAAGCGAACAAAGAAACUCCUGAGAGUAAACUCCAGGACACUGAUGAGGAGGCGGCGGUGGUGGAGGAGGUGAACAUCAGCAAAGUGCCCAUCACAAUAUCUGAGGAGAAACUCUGAGGGGCAUCCGGCGGCAACUCAGGGACCCAGAGAGCAGCCCGUCCCUGUGUUGAAGAGCCUCCUCAAUGCCCACACAGAGGUCUUCUGGGGACCAGCUUCUGGAGGGAAUUGGCUGAAUAUUUGUGGCCUGGAGGGCAGUGCUUCUUCCUCCUGGAACCCCCUUAGGUGCUGGCGGGGCCUUGUUGGGGAGAAUGGCAUCUUUCUCCAAAUGCAGAUGGCUAGUCCCUUCCCAAGGGAUGUGAGUGGUGUGUGGAGGCUUUGGACUUAGUCCUGGCUCCAAGCCCUGGUGCCCUGCCUCUGUCCCUCUGCAGGCCCUCCCUCAUGAAGAAAACCAGCCAAAUUUUCAUGGAAAGAGAGCCUAUUCAGGAGAUCAACUUUUUCUAGUGUUUUCAUACCCUGACCCCAUUCCACAGAGUAGCACAGUGGCUGCUCUGGACCAGGGUUAUGCUUGGAUCACCACUGAUGUUCCGUGGGCUAGAAAGGUCCACCUACCCCCAGAAUCAACCCAUCAGGGCUCUGGGCCUCGAUUUUCCUGGCUUUAUAUAAGGGGGUUCAACUCUCCAAACCCCUUUUCCUAAGAGCUGAUGGGAGCAAACCUCAAUAAACUGGACAAAUACUCUAUGGCCGUCUUGAAGGAGAAAUGGACUAUGGAGAGUGGCCUCCAUGCUGGGGAUGUCCUUGGAGUGUGGGGAAGGCUGAAACUGGGGCUUCUCUGGGCCCCGAGAAGGUUCUUUGUUACAGCAGUCCCUGCCCAAGCAUUGUGCUUCAUGAACCAAGGACUCAUUACUGGUUCCUGCUGCUGGCAGUCUCUACUGACAGCUCUCUGAGACUCUCCACCCAGCCCAGAAAACAAGAUGGCCCUUGGAGCAGGAAUAUAGGCUGUGUGGCUCAGGUAUAUUCCACCUCUUGUGGGGCAGCUAUCCCUUCUAGCAAUCUCCUCACUUACCCUUCCAUCAGUGGAACCAUACCUCACUUGCUAGUUGGCUCUUCUCUUGGGGUCCUCCUGAAAAGAAGACAUCUAGGUCCCUUCUCCAGGUCAUUGGCACUCUGACUGACCACGGUCACCAUGCUGGACCAGGUG